AUGUCAUCAUGUAUCUCUAGCCAGCCCAGCGGUGACCGAGCCGCCCCCCAGGAUGUGCUGGGGGGCGGGGGCGGCGGCAGCAGCAGCAGUGAAGGUCAGAAGCCCUGUGAGGCCCUGCAAGGCCUCUCAAGCUUGAGCCUCCGCCUGGGCAUGGAGUCCUUCAUUGUGGUCACCGACUGUGAGCCAGGCUGUGCCACCGAUGGCCAGGAGGUGCCCCUCCAUGCCUCCGGGCCCCCAGCCCGGCCCCACCUCUCCAGCCGCAAGCUGUCUCUGCAGGAGCGGCCCCCCGGUGGCCCGGCGGCCGGCGAAGGCCCCGACAUGAACGGGCGCUGCAUCCACCCAUCCCUGCCAUACUCCCCCAGCGGGUCUCCACAGUCCUCCCCGCGGCUGCCCCACAGGCCCACGGUGGAAUCUCACCACGUCUCCAUCACGGGUGUGCAGGACUGUGUGCAGCUGAAUCAGUACACGCUGAAGGAUGAAAUUGGAAAGGGCUCCUAUGGCGUGGUCAAGCUGGCCUACAAUGAAAACGACAAUACCUACUAUGCGAUGAAGGUGCUGUCAAAGAAGAAGCUGAUCCGCCAGGCAGGUUUGCCACGCCGGCCCCCACCCCGAGGCACCCGGCCAGCCCCGGGGGGCUGCAUCCCGCCCCGCGGCCCCAUCGAGCAGGUGUACCAGGAGAUUGCCAUCCUCAAGAAGCUGCACCACCCGAACGUGGUGAAGCUGGUGGAGGUCCUGGAUGACCCCAAUGAGGACCAUCUGUACAUGGUGUUUGAACUGGUCAACCAGGGGCCUGUGAUGGAGGUGCCCACCCUCAAGCCGCUGUCCGAAGACCAGGCCCGGUUCUACUUCCAGGACCUGAUCAAAGGCAUCGAGUACUUACACUACCAGAAGAUCAUCCACCGGGACAUUAAACCCUCCAACCUCCUGGUGGGAGAAGAUGGACACAUCAAGAUUGCUGACUUUGGUGUCAGCAACGAGUUCAAGGGCAGUGACGCUCUUCUCUCAAACACCGUGGGCACGCCUGCCUUCAUGGCACCCGAGUCACUCUCAGAGACCCGGAAGAUCUUCUCGGGGAAGGCCUUGGAUGUUUGGGCCAUGGGUGUGACGCUGUACUGCUUUGUGUUUGGCCAGUGCCCGUUCAUGGACGAGCGGAUCAUGUGUUUGCACAGUAAGAUCAAGAGCCAAGCCCUGGCCUUUCCAGACCAGCCUGACAUAACCGAGGACUUGAAGGACCUGAUCACCCGUAUGCUGGACAAGAACCCCGAGUCGAGGAUCCUGGUGCCGGAGAUCAAGCUGCACCCCUGGGUCACGAGGCACGGGGCAGAGCCACUGCCAUCGGAGGACGAGAACUGCACCCUGGUCGAGGUGACCGAAGAGGAGGUCGAGAACUCGGUCAAACACAUUCCCAGCCUGGCGACCGUGAUCCUGGUGAAGACCAUGAUUCGCAAACGUUCCUUCGGGAACCCGUUUGAGGGCAGCCGGCGGGAGGAACGCGCCUUGUCGGCACCCGGGAAUCUGCUCGCCAAAAAACCCACCAGGGAGCGUGAGCCCCUGCCUGAGCCCAAGGAAAGACGGCAGCGCAGACAGCCCGCGGGGCUCCGGGCCACCCCACACCGGGGAGGAGGAGGCGCUCCCGUGAAGGCUGCACCGCCUGCUGACAGCUGGGGGGCCCCGGUCGCUGGUUUCCCCACAUGCAUGCCGCCACCGCAGCCCGAGGCGGAAGCGAUGGAGCCGGAGUAG